GUUGCACAUCAUUGAACAGACAAGAGAUCAAUUCCGUCUCGAUAAUUUAAAAAACAACAACGCUUUCAAUAGCAUUUUAAUCGAUUCAAUUAUUUCAGUUGUUAUUGUUUCCUUGUGAAAUCGGAGGGACAUGAGGACCGCAGCUCGGGUCUUUUUCCAGCUCAACGCGGUGCUUGUCGUUGUCAGAGAGAGAGAGAUCUGGCCAGCAGAAGAAGAAAUGGACCAGAAGCCAGACUUGGAAGCAACACUUCUGCAGCUUUAGAGAAUAAAACAAAUGAUCACCUCUUGAAGUAACCGUACCGUUAAUAACUCCUCACCGAAUGAUAUACCGACGAGUAUUUGCACAAGCCAACGUGUUUAAAUGUAAAGUGGAGUAGCUAGGUGUUAACUUUUCCAGACAGUUAGAUAGCUGUCAUGGAUAUCUGUUCAAGACCUAGUGGAGAAAUUCAAAGAAAAAACCCACAGCAGGAUUUCGAGCUUAUUCAACGAGUUGGGAGCGGCACAUAUGGAGACGUGUACAAGGCUCGAAACAUCCAAACGGGAGAGCUUGCUGCUGUUAAGAUUAUUAAACUGGAGCCAGGGGAUGACUUCUCCAUCAUCCAGCAGGAGAUCUUCAUGGUGAAGGAAUGCAUGCACCACAACAUAGUGGCCUACUUCGGGAGCUACCUUUGCCGUGACAAGCUGUGGAUCUGUAUGGAGUACUGUGGGGGAGGAUCUCUACAGGACAUAUAUCAUGGGUUUGGGAUAACAUAG